GGCGCCACCAGCAGUCUCGCCAGCCGCCCUCGCGCUCGCACAACAGACAGGUGCUCAAAGCAAAUCAGAGAGUGAAAGAAGCAGGCGAGGGAGUCAGAAAAUAUCAUAAAGGAGUCGUCGCUAAAGUUCUGUAGGUGUUCCUUGCCAGCCAGUGCCUAAGCUUCGUGGUCAAUACCAUGGACAGCGCCCGCGAAAAGACGCAGGGGCGCUUGGACGCCGCUGGCUUCUGGCAGGUCUGGCAGCGCUUUGACGCGGAGGAAAAAGGUUACAUAGAAGAGAAGGAGCUUGAUGUUUUCUUUCAUCACACGUUGACAAAAUUGGGUACCGAUGAUGGAGUCAUGGAAGAAAAUGUGCAGAAGUUGAAACAGCAAUUUAUGGCUACUCAUGAUGUCUCUAAAGAUGGUUACAUACAGAUGAAAGAGCUUUCCAGCAUGUUCCUGUCCGAGGAUGAAAACUUUCUUCUGCUUUUUCGCCAGGAAACCCCCUUGGACAGCAGUGUGGAGUUUAUGCAGAUUUGGCGCAAAUACGAUGCUGACAGCAGUGGCUUUAUAUCGGCUGCUGAGCUUUCUAACUUUCUCCGGGAUCUCUUCCUCCACCACAAAAAGACCAUUUCUGAGGCAAAGCUGGAGGAGUAUACUGGCACCAUGAUGAAGAUCUUUGACAAAAAUAAAGAUGGUCGGUUGGAUCUUAAUGACUUGGCCAGGAUUCUGGCUCUUCAGGAAAACUUCCUUCUUGAAUUUAAAAUGGACGCUUGUUCUGCUGAAGAAAGAAAGAGAGACUUUGAGAAAAUCUUUGCUCACUAUGAUGUUAGUAAAACUGGAGCCCUAGAAGGCCCAGAAGUGGAUGGAUUUGUCAAAGACAUGAUGGAGCUUGUCCAGCCCAGCAUCAGCGGGGUGGACCUCGAUAAGUUCCGGGAGAUUCUUCUGCGUCACUGUGAUGUGAACAAGGAUGGAAAAAUUCAGAAGUCUGAGCUGGCUUUGUGUCUUGGGUUGAAGAUCAACCCAUAAUCCCCAGGCUGCUCUGCCUUUUUGCUCUUAGGGUGUUUCUGUGCGCCUGCUGGUAAAAUUCUAUCUGUGCUUUGCUGUUGGGGACGCAGUAGGCAAACUUUUCUAACAAGUGGUGUGAUAUUUUUGGGCAAGGGGAGGGACCCUAGAGUCUCCUUCUAGUGGCAUGGUGUAUUCCCACCUCACUGAAAGCCCCCCAUACAGUGUCCGUGUUAGUUUCCCCUUGACCCUGGGCUUUCCUGUCCCCCCCAAAGACUCAGCUAACCUGCUGGAUCUGCUCUGCUUGUCCUCCCCCAGACACCAGGGAGGCUGGACAGCUGAGGCCACCCCUCUGUGCUCUUCUUGUGGGCUUUCUGCUGAGUGGCAUCUGUCACAGUCCUAUGACUUCUACAAAUAGAUUUUGACCUGGAA